AUGAAGUUCACAAUUCUAACCUUUUUGUUUCCAGUUCUCGUUGUAUUGAUCGCAGUUCAAGGAACAUACGCCAUUAUCUGUGGGACUGAUCAACGCACUGGUCAACAUUUAGAUUUCAAUAGCUUAUUGGAUAUGUACGCCUCAAAUGCUAUUGGUGGACGAUUUGUUUAUAAGCAUGACGGUCACUGUUAA